AUGUUGGGGUCUAUAUUGAGGUCCUACUUGGGGAAACUACCAUGUCUCCUGGCUUUUUACCUGAGGUUGCGUUGCGCAGCGGACCAUGGACAUCAGGUAGUCCUGGAGCUUCUGGUGCAUGUGCGUGCUGAUCCAAAUGUCGCUGCGGACACUGGCGCCUACGGUGUGGGUUUUACGCAGGUGGGAGCAUAUCCAUUACACUUGGCCGCAAAACGCGGCCGGAUUGCAGUGAUGGAGGUGCUCCUGAAAGCUGGUGCUGCUCUUGGGCACCUGCAAUGGAUCCGUGCCACCUUGCUCGAAGCUGUUCCCGUCCAGGUGCCAGCAUUGACGCCGCCGACCAAAAUGGCGGCGGACAGGUCUACGCAUUAUGGCUACACGGCCUUGCACUAUGCCGCGCUGGUUCCGAGACCCGAGGUAGUCUACGCCUUGCUGGAGGGCCGGGCAACCUCAAAUGUGGUGGACCGCGAAGGGCGCUGUGAUCUCCACCAGCUGCGAUCCGUCAGGCCAUGUGUUCCUCCGAGAUUUCCACGCAUCCCCACCCUGUCACAUAUGCCUGGGCUAGGAAUUGGUGAUGAGUACUGCUACGAAAACGACAUCUCUCAUGGCUAUCGCAGAAAGGAGCAGGAGGUGAGCUGGACUCAUUGGGCCCAUCUGCUUGCGUUAGAUUGUGUUUGA